AUGAAUUGGUUUAGAAGUUAUUUCUCUAAAUUUCCUGAGGAUAGCUGCUUACUCAACACUCAGACACCUCUGUUGCUUUCAUUCAUGAUGUCAUCUGAGGAUGAGCCACAUUUUAUUUCCGACCUCAGGAGCCAUGUAUCAGCCCAUGCCGUGGUGAAGCAGCCCGUCCGGGGGACCAGUGGUAGGACCAUCAUCACCACGUUUGUUCCGACAGGCAGGGACUGGAGCACCGGACUCUUCAGUGUCUGUAGAGAUAAGAAAAUCUGUCUCUGCGGUCUGUUUUGUCCGAUGUGUCUUGAGUGUGACAUCGCCAGGCAUUAUGAAGAGUGUCUCUGUUGGCCAUUGUUGCCUGGGUCCUCCUUUGCACUAAGAAUUGGCACCAGAGAGAGACAUAAAAUACGGGGCACUCUGUGUGAGGACUGGCUGGCGGUGCACUGCUGUUGGCCUUUGUCCAUCUGCCAGGUGGCCCGGGAACUCAAGAUGAGGACCUCCCAAAGCUAUGAAGUCUGGGAAGCUCCUUCUAUUAAGGACGCCCUGGUUUGA